UUGAAGAUGGCGACUAGCUCGGAGCGCAGUCCUCCUCCGUUCCCCGACUCUGAGGACCAAGAUGUGCUGGACUCUGAAGAAGUCGGAGGCCGAGACAGUGAUGAAGACGACGGGGACGACCUCUUCAUGAGCGCAACCAACCCUCCACUGACCGACAUGGAAACCACACUGCCAGCUGCCAGUCAACCCAGUGAUGUUUUAAUGAAGCCUCCCAGUGACAUCAUGAAUGAUCCCUUAAUCGAGCCUGUCAGCACCCAAAAAGAAAGCAAACCAGCGAGUGAAGUUGUCAGUGAACCCUCAGAUGAUUUUGUCGACCUAACAAACAACGUAUCCAACUCUCCCGACGACACAGUCGCACCUGAAAGUGCUGUUGCAGAUGCAGCAAAAGACACAACUGAAAUCCCUUUAGAUGAACCCUCAGAUGAUUUUGUUGACAUAUUUGGAAGUGAAACUGAAGCACCGCGAGUGGUUGUAGCAGAUGUUACUGUUGAAGCAGCAACGGAUAAAAGUAAAGUGAACAGUGGUGUUACAGAUCCACCUGGUGAUGGGAAAACAGGAAGUGAUGCAGAUCAGGAAGCAGAAGAAACUUCCACUCCAAUCAUCGAUCUCAGUGGUGAUUUGUUAGCCAGUAACACACAACAGCCACCUGGCAUUGAUAAAAUUGUUGACCCUUUGGUUGACCUCCUUAGUGAUGCUCCACCUGUUGCUGAUGCCAAAAAACCCAGAAGGGCAUCACUCGAUCUGUUUGAAGAUGAGGGAAGCGACUUUUUCACAGAGCCAUGGCAGACUAAAUCUGCCAAGCAGCCACAGAAAAGCCUCUUUGGUGAACCUGAUGAGGAUCUGUUCAGUGAGCCGCUGGGUGCCACCACAAAGAAAACCAUCAUCAAAGAUCAGAAGGGCAAAUCUGUCACAACCAAAGCUGCUGGUGAUGGUAGCAACAUAGGUGGACCUCUGCAAGACCGUAAUCCUGCAGAACCUGCUGAUAUCUUCACCGAGGAAGCCAUCACCACAGUGCCCAGCAUCAGAAACACCAGCACCGUCAACUCCAAGACUAAUGGAGUCCACUCUCAAGAAGAGACAGAUAUAUUUGCUGAAGCCACAGUGGAGCUUUCUCUCGACAGUCCGCGGAACGAGAGAAAGAAGGAUGUGACGGCCAAACCGUCGGCGCCCGCCCCCUCCCUGUCAGCAGCUGCCAGCCUAGCCAAGCCACAGUCUGCAUCCCUGGAGGAGUUGGAAGAAGAAGAAGAAGAAGAAGAACAGGAAGAAGAAGAAGAAGAGCAGGAAGACACAUUUGAAGUAUUUGUCUCUGUCAAAGACCCUGAAAAAAUAGGGGAUGGGAUGAACGCCUACAUGGCCUACAAAGUAACCACACAGACCACACUGCCCAUGUUCCGCAACAAGACGUUUACAGUGAGGCGACGCUUCAGCGACUUCCUUGGCCUUUACGAGAAGCUUUCUGAAAAACAUGGACCAAACGGAUUCAUCGUGCCUCCGCCACCAGAGAAGAGCAUCCUGGGUAUGACAAAGGUGAAGGUGGGAAAGGAAGAUUCCUCAUCUGCAGACUUUGUUGAGAGAAGAAGAGGUGCUUUGGAGAGGUAUCUCCAGCGGGUGGUAAAUCACCCAUCACUUCUCCAAGAUCCCAACGUCAGAGAGUUCCUGGAGAGAGAAGAAUUGCCCAGAGCAGUGAGCACCCAGGCUCUGAGCGGCGCCGGCUUCCUGAAAAUGAUCAACAAAGCAACAGAUGCUGUCAGUAAAAUGACCAUCAAGAUGAAUGAGUCAGACGUGUGGUUUGAGGAGAAGCUGCAGGAGGUGGAGUCUGCAGACCAGCAGUUCAGGAAGCUCCACGUGCUGGUCGAAUCUCUGGUCAUCCACAGGAAAGAGCUGUCGUUAAAUACAGCCAGCUUUGCCAAAAGCAUGGCCAUGCUGGGAAGCGCAGAGGACAACACCGCUCUGUCCCGAGCUCUCUCACAGCUGGCAGAAGUAGAGGACAAGAUGGAGCAGUUACACCAGGACCAGGCUGCAAACGACACCUUCAGCUUUGCAGAGGUCAUCGCAGAUUACAUCCGCCUGCUUGGAGCCGUGAGGGGGUCGUUUGAUCACCGGAUAAAGGCGUGGCAGCGUUGGCAGGAUGCUCAGACCGCGCUGCAGAAGAAGAGGGAGACUGAGGCCAAACUGCUGUGGGCCAACAAGCCGGACAAACUGCAGCUGGCCAAAGAGGAGAUUGUUGAGUGGGAGGCCAAAGUUACGCAGUAUGAGAGAGAGUUUGACAGAGUUUCUGCUACCGUGCGCAAGGAAGUCGUCCGCUUUGAGAAAGAAAAGGCCAAGAAUUUCAAAAGACAGAUAAUUAAGUACUUGGAGUCUCUGCUUCAGUCGCAGCAACAGCUGAUAAAAUACUGGGAGGCUUUCUUACCAGAAGCAAAAGCAAUCGCCUAAUCCUCGAGCACCAGCCUUGUGGACGACAAAACAGGCUGCCUUUUUCUUAUACACUUUACCUCUUGCCUUUAAACCAAGGAAUAUGCGUGCAUUGUAAAGGGAGAUACAAUCAACCUGUUUUUUUAAUCACCUUUAACAUAUAGCUCUGUAUUCUAUUGUAUUAAUAAUUGUAUAUUUUCAUUUAACCUUCCACAAAUAUUUUCUUAUUAGAUGAAAAGAGUUUGCAAAGAUAUGGACACGAAAAGAGCUAAAUGUAGAUGAUUAUUCCAUUAAUUUCCACAAGAGAAGGGAAAUGAACCGAGUCCGUUGCUCUCAGGAUUUUCUCCCUCGUGCGAUCAGGAGCUCCUUCACAUCAGCAGUGGUUAAUCGUUUACAGCGCAGCUGCUUCUGGGGACCCAGAUGAACAAAGUGGCCACGAGUCUCGCUCUGUUUCUUCUUUUUAAUGACUCAAAGGGAUAAAAGAACAGUUAAAUGAAUAAGAAUUAUGAGCACUUCAACCAGUUGGAUAAAGUACUUAAGUAUCAGCCACGUUUUAUUUUUUUUCCCCCCUUCUUUUGUUUCAGAUUUAAAAUACUAUUGAUGCUGAGGGGAGGGGUUGCAGGGGUAUUGAGAGCCAUUAGAUUAGCAGGGUUUACAGCCGUGGUCAAGGGUUUGCAUUGUAGAUCAAGCUUGUGGGUUUAAUGUUUUAGAUAUGAUUUCAAUCAUAGUGCAAACUUUACUCUUACAACUACACAUGUCUGUGCCUUUUUAAGUCAAAAUGGUGUUUUUGGUAUAAUCCACUUUGGGAGAAAGUUGUACACAGUCGUGGGCAGUGAAGAGGCUGGUUAACAGUUACUUCCGCAUGAGCUGUGAUGAUACAAUGAGUGUCAAUGCUGAGGUUAAAGAGCAAUACUGGUGUCUUCAUGUUUAAGCCCAUUUACUACAAAUUCAGUGUUUUUCCCCCCUCUACAUUCUUGCUUAUAACUGCAGUUUUUUUGAAUGUGUUUUUUCCUACUUUCCAGACAGCCUUUGGAUUCACUGCUGCAUGAAAAUCAACAUGCAGAGACUUGAAACAGGUAAUCCCCCACAGUGAACAUCAUGUCUGAGUCUGUUUUUGUCAAAGUUGCGUCAUUGUUGUUUGGUAAUGCAGUACAGUAAGUGUCAGUUGACACUUUUUAAGGCAUUACCAAGCAGCAGUGACUAACUUUGAGAAAAAUACAGUAAAUGCUGUCAUGUCCACUGUAUUGAUUGGCCUCAAGCAAGUCUCAAGUCUCUGCGAGCAGAUUUUCAUGCUCUAAUAGUGAAAUUAGUGGAAACCAAAGGCUGCCUGGGUGGUGGGAUUCCGAGUCCUGCUUUGAGGUUUGGUUGGUAAUAAUAUUAGGCCUGCAACUAACAAUUAUGUUCAUUAACUAUUAAUCUAUCAAUUCUUUUUUUCAAUUAAUUGUUUAGUCUAUAAAAUGUCGCAAAAUAAUGAAAAUGGCAGUUUCCCAGAGCCCAAAGUGACGUCUUGAAAUAGUUUUAUCUGACUAACAGUUAGAUUUUUAAAGGUACCCUGUGGAGUUUUUGACUAGUUAUAGUGCCAUGGAGCGAUGUUCUUAAGUUCGGGUCCCCAUUUUUGUUAGUAUCUCACACAGGUGACGCGAAACACAGUCCUGCCGAUGGUUUCAUGCUUUUCCACUGAUGGACAACAGGCAAGGAAGAAGACUGCUAGCUAGUUAACAUGGACUCAAACAAUGUAGAUUUCAAGUUCUUCCGAAAAACGGCUCGACAGAUGUGUUUUACGAGGAAGGACGUGCAUUCAACACAUUUGGGAGACCUCUAAGAUACCCGGUGCACUUUGUUGAAUGUGAACAGUGAAUGAGAACAUAACUUUGUUUACAAAAACAAUCCACAGGGUACCUUUUUAAAUGUACUAUAUAAAACAAAGAAAAGAAAGCAAAUCCUCACAUUUGAGAAAGUGGAACCAGCAAAAGUUGUUGUAUUUUUCCAUGAUAAAUGACCAGUUACUUAUCUAAAUUGUUGCCGAUUUGUUGUCUGAUCGGCUAAUAAUUUCAACACUAAACAAUACUGUGUGAUUUCUAGUAAAUGGGCAACAACAUGUUAAAAAAAAAAAAAAUUGAAUGGUUCCUUUCCAGAAAGCACCAGGACUGGGCUGUUGAUGCUGACUCGUGGACAUGAGAUUAGUGUCAAAUACUAAGAUUACUGAUGUCAUAGUGAACCUAGUGCUUCACCGACGCCUCAGUCUGCAGUUUGACAAGUUGAGUUUUAACAUCAAACGGUAACAAACCUGUGUCACAGCGUUAUGUGGCCUGGCUGCCAUCUUUUGAUUACAGCUUUAAUUUCACAUUUGCACACACUUAAAUUGAAGCCGUGUAGCGAUGAGCUACACUGUAUAAUCAUCAUCAUAACUUUGCUUUGCAGUUUUUCUUUUGUAAUUUUGGCCAAUUGAAUGCACGCUUGUUUUCAACUGUUGGUAGACAGCACUCACGAAACUGGUAGUUAGUGCGGCCUCAUACUGUAUGUCAUCACUUGUCAAUGUGCAGAGCAAUGUGAGCAACGUGCACUGUCAGAAAUUUCUUUUAAAACAAUUCAAUAAAAGUUGCACUGUUUA